AUGGAGGCUAUGGGCAAGAACGGUCAGAUAUGCCAUCAGGAGUUCCAAAUAUACCCGCCGAUGUUGCGACGCUUUGCACAUGUCCUACGAGACAAGUACGGCUUAACUGGUAGCCAGCAGGUGGAUAUAUAUGAGAAAGUUGGUAUGUUCUUGUGUAUACUUGCACAUGGGAAAGGAUACCAGCAGGUGACAACAUUAUUCAACCAUUCUUUGCAAACCGUUUGUGUAUUUUUCAAAGAGGUGCUACGUGCCGUUGUGAUGCUCUCGGAACAUGUGAUAAGACCAGCGUGGAAUUACAAUGACGGUGUCGAUCCACACACGCCGCACUCGAACAAGCAUCCACUGUUUCAGGAUUGCAUUGGGGCUAUUGACAGAACACAUGUCAGAACUGUGCUACCGCGUCACGAGUGUGUGAACUUCAUGGGUCGGAAAGGAGUGCCGACCCAAAAUGUGUUGGCCGCAUGCGAUUUCAAUUUGUGUUUCAUGUUCGUGCUUGCUGGUUAUACCGGGAACACACAUGACGCACGAAUGCUGGCUCGUGCUAUAUACAGUCCGGAAAUUGAUUUUUCGCAGUCGGCACCGAGAAAGUAUUAUUUGGUGGACUCCGAUUUUGCUCACCAGCCGGGAUAUAUGGCACCGUACAAAGGUUCCGAUAUACUGUAUCACUUCCAACAGUUUCGCAACGAACGAACUGGGCAGCGCCUUGUCCUAGCCAUGAUGGAUGUUCAUAAUUUCCUGCGUCGUUAUGGAAUUGUGGAUGAGGUGUUCGCGAGAGCGAAAACGAAUGAGGAUGUAGCCGAGGUGGAGCUACCCAGUGCUGAGGACGAAGUGGAGGCCGAUAUGAAUUCGCCGGAGAUGCAACGAAGUGAGUGGAAUAGACUUCGCGAUUACAUGGCACAGCAGCCGUGA